UCACUUCCGUUUGUGUCUAAGUUGCUUUGCCGUAGUAGAAACUGCUAGAAACUUGUCAGUAGUAAGUGUAAGUAGAGUUACAAAUAGAUGUACAACUAAAAAAGAUAAAAAGGUGUUCAUCGAUAAAACUACAUUUUAUUGUUAUGUUUUAAUCACAGAACCUACAUGGCAGGUCAGAUCUUCUCUUUUUAUCUUUGUUAGCUGAACAAACGUUCCGCUGUAGCAUUUUGUCCUGAGAGUGGCGUGCACUGACACAAGGGAAGACGUUUCUCUCAACUGUCAAACUCGUACACCGAAGUACGACAGAAGUCGUAUUUAUAGUUAUAUCCAUUUUGCAAGGACCAAACAAAUUAAAACAGUCUAUUACUGGCUGUGUUUGGGGUUUAAUCAGCGUACAACAAAGGAAGAAACGAUUGUAAGGCCGCGGAAUGUGUCAGUUGGAGCUGAGUUCAAGGUUCAGCUCAGAGUAAAGAAAAAAAACCCCUCGCUAACUAAUAUUACAACAUACUGGUGUCAAAAUGUCUGAGUCUGCCGACAAUCACAGCAAGACGUUAAAUUUCAACGUCGGGGUGCUUGGACAUGUCGACAGUGGGAAGACAUCGCUUGCCAGGGCCCUGAGCAGCACUGCAUCUACGGCUGCUUUCGACAAGAACCCGCAGUCCCGUGAGAGGGGAAUCACCCUGGAUCUUGGUUUCUCCUCCUUCACAGUGGAUCUGCCUGAUCACCUGCGGGACAGCGGAGGCCAGCAGCAGUAUGACAGUCUGCAGUUCACCCUGGUGGAUUGUCCGGGACACGCGUCUCUUAUUCGGACUAUCAUUGGGGGUGCCCAAAUCAUUGACCUGAUGAUGCUGGUGGUGGAUGUGGUGAAGGGGGUGCAGACUCAGACCGCAGAGUGUCUGCUGAUCGGAGAGCUGACCUGCCCUCGCAUGGUGGUUGUUCUGAACAAAACUGACCUGCUGCCCCCCAACAAGAGACAGACUGCCAUUGAAAAAAUGACCAAGAGGCUUCACAAAACGCUGGAGAACACCAGAUUUAAGGAAUGUCCAGUGAUUGCUGUGGCAGCAAAGCCUGGGGGCCCGGAUGCUCCUGACGCAGAGGAGCCACAUGGAGUGCCAGAGUUAAUAGAGCUUUUGAAGAAACAGACAUACCUCCCUAAGAGAGACCCUGGAGGUGACCUUCUCAUGGCCGUCGACCAUUGUUUCUCCAUCCGUGGUCAGGGAACAGUCAUGACUGGAACCAUCCUGCAGGGGUCAUUGGCCAUCAAUGACACUGUGGAAAUCCCAGCGCUAAAGGUGACCAGGAAGAUAAAGUCUGUGCAGAUGUUUCGGAAGCCAGUGUCUGGGGCCAUGCAGGGUGAUCGUGUGGGCGUGUGUGUGACCCAGUUUGACCCUAAACUUCUAGAGCGGGGUGUGGUGUGCACCCCAGGGUCCCUGCGCACCCUCUAUGCAGCUGUCAUAUCUGUGAGGAAGAUAGGGUACUUCAAGGGCUCUCUUGCCACCCGUGCCAAAUUCCACAUCACUGUGGGUCAUGAGACUGUCAUGGCGAAGGUAACUUUCUUUGGCCUGCCACCUGUGGGUACUUCGGGGCCCCCCUCAGACACUGAACCACCUCCGUCACAGCCCUGCUCACUGGAAACACCCUUCGCUUUCGACAGGGAGUACUUUUUCCAGGAUGAAUACAUCACUGGUCAGGGAGAGGCAAGUUCAGGCCCUGACCCAGAGCAAUGGGCCUUGGCGGAGUUUGAACGGCCGGUCACAUGUCCCUCACUCUGCCUGGUGAUUGGUUCCAAGCUGGACACAGACAUCCAUGCCAAUGCGUGUCGAUUGGCUUUCAACGGCUAUCUGCUACAGGGGUUUGAAGAUAAAGGCUACGUUGAGACUGCUCUGCCUCGUCUGCGCAUCUGCAAGACAAAACACAAGGAGGGACAGGUGGAAAGGGCGACUGACGAUUACACCGUGAUUGGCCGCAACCUGUUCAAGAAGGAGACCAACCUCCAGCUGUUUGUGGGGUUGAAGGUCACGCUGUCGACAGGCGAGGCUGGCGUUAUCGAGGGUGGGUUCGGACAGAGCGGGAAGUUCAAGAUUCGGGUACAAGAGGGUCUUUGCCCAGAAACCAAGCAGUUGCUGUCCUCCACCUCUAAGAAGAAAGGCAAAGGUGGAAGCAAAGACGGACCAGCAAAUGAAGAGGAGGCCAAAACAGAUUCUCAGCCUGUUAGCAUUCAUUUACAUUUCAAACGGUAUGUGUUUGAUCCCCAUAAAAAGAUGGUUCAGUCUUGACAGUUUCAGCCUGAAAGUGUGUCGCAGCGCUUUAGACAGGCAGAGGGCGGUUUCAGAGGUCUUGUAGAGGUGAGAGGAAUGCUAGCCUCUGUAUCAGGGGUAGGAUAACUUAAUCCAGUUUGCAUCACCACAAGGCUGAACGCUGGUCUUCUGCUCCUGAUGCGUUUGAGUUGUCUUGAAUAAAUCUGUGCUUUCGUUCUUUUUUUCCCCCCUUAAUUGUUACAAGCACAUUAGCAGAAAUACUGAACUCUCAGAUUUCCACAGGUUCACUGUCAUCUGUUCACUCACUGUCGGUAUAAAGGCUGUGUUAUUUUUCUGGCUUGGAUUCUAUGGUGGAUGCUGUGUGAUUUCAAACGUAUUAGUCUGUAUUUCAGUCUUUUCAUUUUAUUUACUUUAUUGACAGUUUAUAGAGCUUUAGAAGAGCUAUGGAUAUUUGCCAAGAAUAGCAGUUAAAUCAGAGGCUGAACUGAAUACAAAUCUUUUCAGAAAGUCAAAUAAAGCAAACCUGUGCUGAAA